UCCGAGGCUGGGAGUGGGAGGAGUCGGUCGGGCUGGGGGCUGCUUGAAGGACCUCCUCCUUUUUGCGUGGCUUCUCUAGCUUAAGAUCCCCAUUAUUUCCUUGAUCUCGAGAUCCCGCGCCGGAUCGCCGCCGCGCAGGGGGGGAAAAAACAACCUGUCGCAAAGAGCCAGCAAUUAAAGGGACAGGCCUUGGACAUAAUGAAGCCAUUCAUGGGCUAGGUACUGAUUUGAGAUGAAAGGGAUGAAGCCUUCUGUCAAGGCUGUUAUGGAAGAGGAGAAGAAAGCCGGUGAUUCCCACUCCAAGGCAAAGCAUAAGAUGGAACAAGAUGAUGAAGAAGACUACAAACAACUUCCCAAAAAGAAGCAAAAAGUUUCUGGAAAAAGACAGUCGGUGGGAAAACAACCUAGUCCAAAGUCUAAAAAGUGCUCUAGAAAGUCAGAACCAUCAACAUAUGCGACAGGAAGCUUAGAAGAGCAGUGGUACUUGGAGAUUCUGGACAAGGGUCGUGUCACUUGCCCAAUCUGCCGAUGUGUAGUGAGGAAGACGGUGGAAGGAUUGAAAAAGCACAUGGCAAAUUGCCACCAGGAGAUGUUCACAUGUCAGCACUGUGGGAAACAGCUGCGAUCUCUUGCAGGGAUGAAGUAUCACAUCAUGGCAGAUCACAACAGCCUGCCGAUUAGGAAGGAAGCCAGCCAGUUGGAUAAGCAGAGCGAGCGAGAGUGUUUGCGGAGAGUCCUGAAGCGCAUGGGGAAGCUCAAGUGCACAAGAGAGGGCUGUACAGGCAGCUUCACCAGCAUAAUGGGGUAUCUCUACCACACACAGAAAUGUGGCAAAGCGGCUGCCGAACUGGAGAAGAUGGCCUUAAAAUGCCAUCACUGCAAUAAAGCAUAUCGGUCCAAGGCAGGCCUUGUUUACCACUUGAAAUCUGAGCAUGGACCUGUGUCAUUUCUCCAUGAAGACAGCAGGACGACUCCUCUGAAGGACCCAAGCAUGGAAUCAAGCAGCAUAGGCCGAAUCCAGAGGAAGUCGGCUAAGGUGGCUGCCUACUACCUGCAUGAAUUGGCUAAUGAAGAACUUGUCAAAGAGUGGCCAAAGAGGAAGGUCUUGCAGGAUCUUGUUCCUGAUGAUCGGAAGCUCAAAUAUACUCGACCUGGGAUGCCUGCUGUGAGCCAGGAGGUUCUGUGCAAGUGGAGGUCAGAAAUAAAGACCUACAGGCGGGUCCAUUGCCCCAACCAGGGUUGUGAGUGUGUCUACGGCAGCAUCUCUGGUCUUAAGGCCCAUCUGGGCAAUUGCACCCUGGGUGAGUUUGUGGCGGGGAAGUACAAGUGCUUGAUUUGUGAGAAGGAGUUUGUGUCUGAGAGUGGGGUGAAAUACCACAUAAACACAGUGCACUCUGAGGACUGGUUUGAUAACACAAACCCAACUAAGAGCUUUGAAAAACUGGUGAAGCUGCAGCAAAAGGAGGCUGAGCAAAAAAGGCAGCGCAAGAAGCACGUCUCCAGUCGGAGCCGUAAGAAGAAGCUACGAAGCGCCACUGCAAAGAAGUCACCAAGGCUAGGACCAGAUCAGAACCAACGGCAGGGGGUCAAAGUCAGCCACUCUAAGAUGGCAGACUGUGAAACUAGGAGCCUGGAAGAAGAGGAUUCUCUCCCUUUGAAAUACAGUCACAGAAGGGGGAAGAAAUAGCUUCUUGCAGGGAUUUCUGCAUUGCAGGACAGGAAACAGGAAAGGGAAGAAAUUCUUGGCUUGAAUUCACCUCUUGCAAGUUCAGUGAAGAUGGAGAGUAGAGAGUCUGGGAGAAGAAACUGUCAACAGCAUGACUAAGAAGACUUUCCUGAAAUUCCACUGUUCCAGUCUAGUUGCAGUAAAACAAGAUCUGUUAUAUACUGUUACAUACUGAGCCAAGUGCUUGCAUAGGAUUAAGUUUGCAACAUAUGCUUAUGAAAUAUUAUACCACAUAGAAAAUAAAAUUAUUAAUCACUCUG